UGUUACCAAUUUGAACUGGGUUAAAAUCCUGAAACACACCAUCUUUUUUUUUUUUUAAUCCUUAUUUGGCUGCAUGCAAAAAGCUGUGUAAGUACUCUAUUUAUUGGUGAAAUUAAUUAAACAUUGGGUGUUUUGACAGGUUUUGAAAGUAGUGACUGCUCAGUGGAAAUAAAUGAAUGUCUGUCAAAUCCAUGUGACCCUUCAAACACCAUCUACUGCGAAGAUCUGAUGAAUGGUUUUCGAUGCAUUUGCCACCAAGGAUAUAUGGGAGAGAUCUGUACAACUCCAGUAAAUCUCUGUGUGGUAGGCUUGUGUCAGAACAACUCACAAUGUGAAGACGAGCACAUAGAAUUUAGAUGUCAUUGCCUUCAUGGAUUAGAAGGAGGUUUCUGUGAAGAAAUGAGGGGUGAUGAUUGCAAGGCAGAUUCUUGCCGUGCCCUCAGCCUCUGUGAGACUGGCUUGAAUUUGUUUGCCUGUUACUGUGCGCCAGGCUUUGUCGGCAAUAACUGUGAGAUUGAGGUGGAUGAAUGUUUAAGUGACCCCUGUCAGAACAAUGGCACUUGCACUGAUCUUCUCAACUCUUUCAGCUGUGUGUGCCCUGGUGGAAUUGAAGGUAUCAACUGUGAAAUCAACAUAAAUGAAUGUCACUCGUCUCCCUGUCUCCACAAAGCAACAUGCAUCGACCUCAUUAAUAGUUAUGAGUGCAAGUGCCUGGCUGGUUUCACUGGUGAGUUUCUCCAGUCUGCUGUAUGUUCUGCCUGAGCCGUUAUCUUGUGCCCCUGCUAGUGAUUUACCCCUCACCCUCCGACCUUUCUUUUCAUCUCAAAGUGCAACCGGGUUGGAAUACCGAGGCACUACAUGUCAACCUAACCCCAAAGCCAAGUCCCGCGGCACCAAAAUCACUCUCAAAAGCAAGGCUGCCCCCGAGGGAAGAUUAGUGUGUGUUUAAUGACACUCAGGAUAGAUGUGGUGGUGGAUGAAAUAAAUCUGCUCAGGCAAUAAUUUGUGUCGGCUCCUGUUUUGACUGAUUCUGUUACUGCCUCAAAUCGCAAAUGCUUAGGGAUUUUUGCUGCACACACAGUAGACUGCAACUUGACAACUUAUUUCUCUCCCCCUUUUUCUCUCUCUCUCUGUGACUGAUGUCCCUUUUAUUCUCUUCCUCUCCCGCCUGCCAUCGCUUCCUUUAAGGACAACAUUGUGAAACGGACAUAGAUGACUGCGCCUCAGACCCCUGUGAAAACAGAGGCACGUGCAUCGACCUCGCUGGUAAUUACUUCUGCCAUUGUGCGCCUCCAUUUAAAGGUAAUGAACACUGAGGGAGAAAGAAAUGCAAACAUAAUUAACUUCAGAAAGCAUUCCCAACGUUGUCUGAGUUGAUUUCACUCUUCUAACAUCAUUAUUAAGCAGCUGCUCUCGUAACUGAGUCACAGAGGGGAAUAAAAAAUAGGUUGAAUUAAUUUGAAGCCUGAGAAGGUUACAGGGUAAAAUGCUGCAGACAUUUACACCUAUAUUGAAAACUAAAUUUUGUAAUGUAGUUCCUGAGUAGGGCUGAGUAUUCCACGCUGUCUUUUUGAACAAGUAACGAGCAAGGUUGUCACCUGGAAAUGACAAAUAACACUAGUAGCAGGUACCUUAAUGCUUUUUAAACCAUAGGGCUGGAUCGAUUUAGAACAGAGUCAACUUAGUCUUGGAGCAGAAGGCAAGCUGCUUGGGGAACUCAAAGGGUCAGAUCUGUGGCUGGAAAUGGAUAGUCAAUGUAUCCAGUUAAGAUCCUUGCUCUGGACUAGGCUUCAUCCCAGUCAGAUAAAGGGUCUCGACACAAAAUGUUCCUGAUUCUCUCUUCCUGUCUCCUUACCAACCUAGACAUUUUUGGGAAACCUGAGGGAAAUCAUACAAUCACAGUGAGAAUUUGCAAACUUCACAUGGACAGGGCGGUACUGUGGCACAGCAGCAGUGUUGCUGCCUCACAGC